AUAGUUUAGAUAACGCGAAAUAUUUCGAGAAAACUUUUUGGACGGUGAUUCUCCGCAAUGGCUUUAUUGAAGGAUCAUGGAUUCGUUUUCUGAUGUCGUAGUGUGUGUGGGAUUCGUUUAUUGGAUUUAUAAGUAGGCCUACCGAUCCGAUAGAAGUUUGCUCUGUAAUCAGAUGCAAAGAAUAGUACUAUACUUUACGCUAUCUUCUAUCAGUACACGGCCACUAUACACAAAACAUCGGCUGAUUAGUAUUCAACGGGUUGGUUAUUCACAGUGCAGUGAAGGGCUUAGUCUUCACUGGGACGCUUCUUCGCGUUGUCCCGUGUCUGUGUGUGUAUCGCCUGUGUAAUAAAAACCAAGAGGAUAUUGUCAAUAAAAUAUGGCACAGACCGAACUAGGAACGGAAUCUGAAGAUUGGGAAAAUAAAUAUUUAGAAGAUGAGGAGUUAGAAUUUUUCACGGAGUUAGCGCUUCACGAGACAGAACGAUGGAUACAGGCUGUUACAAGAAAGAAGUUUAUCUUCCCAGAUGAUCCCAGAAAAUCAUUGGAAGAUGGCAUCCUGUUUUGCGAAUUAUUGAAUAGUAUUAAGAAUGGAUCAGUUAAACGAAUCAAUCGACAAGCAGCCCAAAUAGCAGGUUUGGAUAAUUUGAAUGUGUUUUUAAAGGCGUGUAAAAGCGAGUUUGGUUUAUCGGAAACUCAGUUAUUUGAUCCAGCAGAUUUAGAAGAUUUAACACAACGUGCUAUAGCCGAGUCUGAACAUUUGAAACACGAAAGUGACAGACGAUUAAGAAAUGUUGCUAUAACAAUUUAUUGGUUAGGACGAGCUGUUUGUCAUACGUACCCAGUGCCUAAUCUAGAUUUCAGUGCCUUCACCCCAUUAAUCAACCACCAUAACAAGGAUAUAAUAUCUAACGAACAUAUUUACAGACUUGAUUCAUCGUGUUCUUGGGACUCCUACGAUCAUUCGAGUGCUUACGGGUCAAACGGGGGAGUAUCGGGAAAUAGUAUAAAAGAUUCCAUAAAUCAUCGUCACGUACGAGAUAGUUCUUAUGAAUCAUAUGCUUCGUAUGGUAAAGCAUCAGAGGACAGUCUUGAUGAACAAAUAUUCGAUAACAUGCCUGUAGGAGGAAGAUUAUCCAGUGCUUCUAGCAGGCAAGAUAGUAGUCCCCGUUAUUCAGCCACUAAUGAGAGUUUGUAUCGUGAAGGCAAGCGUAAUGGAAUGUAUCGUAGUAGUCCGGAUCUGGCCGUGCCGUCAUUUAAUCACAGAAGAUCAUCGUCGACGGACAGUUUAGAUGGAUCGUAUCGCAGUCACUCACGACAGUCGUCGGACAGUUGUGAUGGUUACCCAACGAGAAAUAUGCCUGGACGACGAAUCAGUCAAUCUACUGCGGAUCCACUACAGUUUAUAAAAUCACGAGGAGCAGAAGAUCUUGCGAAACAGGCAGAAGAGCAAAUAAAGCAGGUGGAAGAAGUAAAAAAGACAAAAGUUGUGGCAACAGAAAUCGCCAAAGAUGAAGAUGAUUGGCAAUCGACACUGGGUAAUUGGAAAUCAAGAAGAAAAAGUAAAUCGGAAGCGUUUGUCAUUAAAGAAGAACAAGAAGAAAUGGCCAAGAAAAAGGAAGAAGACGAACGACAAAAUAAAACCAAUUCCAUAAAAUCUUUUAAACAAAUUCAGGAAGAAAGAGAACGAAGAAAGAGUGGAGGAGGUUUCAGAGGUUAUCCUAUUGAUGAUGAAGAAGAAGAUGAUGAUCUGUUCAUUAGUCCAAUCAAAUCAUCCGUUACACAGAGUACAAGUUCAAGUUUUACAGCUGAACAUACAACAGUAACGUCUACACCAAGUAGUAAAUCAAAAAAGAGCGGCAAUGUAGCACCAUGGGCACAAGAUUCUGGUAGUGAAGCAGAAGGAGAUCAAUCUAGCCAUUCAGAAACAGAGGAUAAAAAUAACAACCAGCCAUUGGAUAAUAAAACCAAAGACUAUAGUGAUAUAAACCAAUCAGAUUAUUCCGAGCAUAACCAUUCGCAUAAUAAAAAUAAUAUCAGUGAACGUUCAGGUGUUGGUCGAAGCAGCAAACUGUCGGAUAUUACGAGUAAGUUUGAAGCAGACGGCGGUGAUUCUAAAGGAUUAGCAGAUAGUGUGUCGCGUCAGAAUAGGAGGAAUAAUGGUGUGGCGUCGCCAGCAAAUAAAAUCAAUAAUAUCCGAAGCAGAUUCGAAAGUCCAGAGGAUAAACCUGUGACGAGGACGGCCGUGUUCGAUGCUAAAGUGGAUUUAAAUGCACGUAAAAAGUCUUUCGAGAAUUUUGAUCAUUCAAAUAGUUUUGAUGCUGGGAAGCCACCUAAACCCUACCCACGAGACCGGACAAGUAAUAAUAUGUCUACAACGACGACAUCAUCGUCAGCGACAACUUCCUCCUCUGUAUAUAGCAGUAAUAAAAUCACGGGCAAGGAUUGUGUGGAGAAAAAUAUCAAAAUAACAAGUAAACGUGGGUUUGGUUUUACAAUAUGUGGUGGAGCAGAUGAAAAACAACAGGUGUUGGUGGAAAAAGUUAGUUUAGGUGACAAUGCUGAUAUGAUUUGUGAAGAUGAGAGUAGUGCCGCUGAUGUUUGUGAACUGAAAUCUAAAGAUGAGGUGCUGUCAAUCAAUAAAAUUGAUGUCUCAAAACUGACCAAUCAGGAAGCUAAUAAUUUAAUCCAGGAAUCGGCAAGACAGGGAUCUGUAGAGAUACGUGUCAAGAGAUUUUUAGAUAGUAAUUUAGAUGACAGCGAUGAGUUUAUUUCAAGUGAUGAAGAAGAUGAUGUGAAGAAAACAGAACAAUCAAGGGAGACAACACAUUCAUUUGAUUCUAGUUAUUCUCAGGAUAAAGAUGAAGAUGUACAAGCCAACUAUAAUACCCAGACAUCGUAUAAUUACUCAGAACAACCGUUAAUACAACAACUCAAAAAUGAUACCAGUCUUCAAAUGCAAUUCGAUCCUAACAACGACAGUUCUUAUCAAUCGGCAGAAACUGUCAAUCAAAGUUACUCCAGUUACACGUCAUCAAGAAACACUAGCUCUGUUGAUGACUAUAUUAAUAGCAGUUCGACUAACGAGUUCGUUAACACAAGUCAACCAAACUAUGUCAACACUAGCCAACCGAAUUAUGUCAACACCAGUGAACCAGAUUACAUUAAUCAGAGGGAUGCCAGUAAAUUUGUUAAUUCUGGAUAUAGUGACACAAGUGAACCUGGAUAUAACACGAACGAUACACACGGAUAUAACACAAGUGACACUGGAUACAAUAACACAAGUGACUCGAAUUAUGUGCAGAGGAGUCGUCCUAAUCACCAUGACUAUGUGAAUACUGACAGCCUGGGUUCGUGGGGAUAUCAUGGUAGUCCACCAGAAACACAAAAGGAAGAUGAAGUUGUCUUGAGAAGAAAGAAACCAGCAGAAGAGGUUAAUUCCUCGAGUUCGUUUGAUGAAUCUGAUAGAGUUAAGUCCCCUGCAAAUGUAGAUAGCGGGGAUUCUGAUGGUCCACCUGCUAUACUUCGAAAAUGGCAGAGACAAAGACCUAAAUCAGAAUACAAGUAUCAGGACGAAAAAACCAUUAUUAACCAGAAGCGUCUGAGCGCUACGUUACCAUGGCAACCAGAGCAUAGUGGAAUCGAAGACAGACCAGAGGAGCCUGUUUUGGAUAGAAGCGCAAGUGAUUAUGUGAACAGUCAGCCUCCAUCAUCUUCUCGGGGCAGUAACUUUAACAAGCGCAGGGAUCGUAAACGUAUUGAAGAAUGGAAUAAUCAACAAGAAGAGAGACGUCAGCCUGCUGAUGCCAAUGAAAAUGGUGUAGAUAUAAACUUCACUUAUAAUCAGGCGGAAUUUGAGAAUAGACAGGAACAGAUACAGAGACAAUACGAAGAAGAACAGAAACGUGCGGCUGAGAUUCAACUACAACAACAACAACAGGAGAAAGAACUUUUGGAGCCUGAAAUGGAAAGAAUGAGACUACUUGAAGAACGCAAGCGGGAAAGGCGAAAGCGUCUUGAACAACUACAUCAAGAGGAUACCGGACCAAUGAAUGCUCCUGUCCCUUCAUCUCAACCAAUCGAAACAGUUGAGACAAGAAGUACAUUAGCAUACAGAGCACCUAGGGAUAAUUCUUAUCAAAAUGCCUACGAACCUGUACAUCAAGAGGAUACCGGACCAAUCACAGCUGCUGUUUCUGCUUCUCAACCAAUGGAAAUAGUUGAAACAAGAAGCACAUUAGCAUACCGACCACCUAAAUAUAAUAAUAUUAAUGUCUAUGAACCGGACUACGUCAAUCAGCCAGCAGAAAAUCGUUCCACUAUGAAUAUUCAAGUAGCUGGUGGUCGUCCGCAAGCCCCUGUGCAUCAAACAGAAGAACCCCAGAGAUCUGCCAUGUCUUUCAAACUGCCAGCCAGCCAAUCAGGUGGUCUGGUCAUAGAUCCUCGAAAUCAAUUGGAUGAAAGUGAACCAGUACCUCAAUACAGCAUUCAACUUAGUCUUGAUCAACCAGACACAUCACGUGGCAUGAUUAUCCAGCCAGAACAAAGAACCAUUCCAGUCCAUGAUGCCAAUUUUAUAGAACAAGAGAAACAAAAGAUUCGUCAGGAAUAUGAGAAAUUUGAGAAAUCAAUGCGACAACAGCAAGAAGAAGAGGAGCGAAAAUUCCGAGAACGGGAAGAAAAGUUACGUCAACAAGAGGAACGUCUGAGGAGAGACGAAGAAAGAAUUCGCCAAGAAGAGGAAAAAUUAGAAAGAGAGCGUCAGAAUCUUUUGAAUAGUUCCGCGGAAUUUAUGAAGCAUAAUGAGCCAAAACCUUAUCAGCCAUCUCCGACACGAGUCCGGGGUCAAGGUUCAUUGUAUACAUCAACAGUAACACCUGCAAACAGACACGAGCCAAUCAGACCCUCUACUUUCUCUACUUCAAUGGUUGUUGACAACACAAGGGGAAGUAAGCACCAUGUACAAAAAGUGGAACCAACAUGGCCACCUAGCAACAAGCCUAAGCAACCGGGAAAUAUCAGUGUCAUGCGAACCCACGGAACAGAAAGUAAUGCAUUUAGAGACAGUCAUAAUAAACCUAAUACUAGUGCUAACAGGCAGAGUCAAGAUUAUUCUCCUAGGGAACAAACAGGCGUUCAAUCAAUGAAAAUGAGAUUUUCCGAACCAAAUCAGAGAAAUAGUUUGUCUCGAGAAGAUAUGCUGGCCAUGAACCGAACCGCUAAACCUUUACAAAAGAAACCUGAAGGAUCCGACAGUGCUACCAGUCCUACCACAACGGGACCAAUAAAACGAGAGACCCCAACUCGACAAGAAAUCCAUUCCCUCAAUGCUGUUCCUAAACCAAAACUCCGCCAGUCUGUUGAUUGGAUAGGAAGAAACGAUUCGUCCAAUGAAAGAAGAGCUGCACCUAGACGCUCAGAAAUCAUGAAGAAUCAGUAUUCUGAUUCGCUUCAAGGUCAUUGGGUGAUUGAAGAAGCUGAACGACGCCGAAUGAACAGUGACUUAAAUGUGAAAUCGUCCACGCUACCCAUUCAACCAGGUCCUUACACUGGUCCGGUGAAACCUCCGCGGGAUCACGGAAAUAUAUGGAGUGAUAAUAGUGCUAAUCAUCCCAGACAAUCUCAAUAUUCCAGUUUACCACCACGAACCGAUCCCAACAUGCCCUUACAAAUACGCCAGACAUUGUUACAAAAAACGGCCAGUGCUCGGGGAUCGAAUGGGAGCAGCUAUUCCCAGGAACUGAACAUAAAUGUGCCUCAAAUGUCCAGAAAUUCCCCUAAUCUUUCACAGACAAUGCCUGCAUCUUAUGGUUAUGAUUCUCCAAGAUCAGAUUAUGGUGCUCCGCGUUUAUCGUCUCAAGCCCCACCAGCACCUGAUGGUUCUAAUGAUCAGGUGCCUGUUAGUGGUAAACAGUUGUGUUCAUCUUGUAAUCAAGAAUUAGGUUUUGGUGCUGCUAUGAUAAUAGAGAAGUUAGGUUUAUAUUAUCAUAUGCCCUGCUUUAAGUGCUGUGUUUGCCGAACCCCUUUGGGCAACGGCUCCGAAGGUGCUGAUGUGAGAAUCCGAGUCAAUAAAUUACACUGUCCCAACUGCUACAGCAACGAUGAAGGUAUCUCUACAAUUGGGUGAAUUAAUUGUUGUCAGGAGUGACACAACGUCGUGACACAACGGCACAGCUGGUUUAAAGUUCAGUAAGGUUUAACAGAUCUACAGAUUUAUAUAAUAUUAUAUAUUAUAACCAAUAAAUAUAGCGCAAUAUUUAAUACUACACAUAAAAACAUGGACAUACGUUUACAUAUGCCUACCAGAACAGAUAACUCCAGAUCUUCAUCUCACAGUUCAAUAUAAUGUAUAUUUCAAGAAUAAACCAUAACACAUAUUAUGAAAAAAAAGUAACGGUACUUAUUUUGGGACUAAUCAAAGAGUAUUCUUUCAGUGUUAAGCUAAUACGCUGCCCAAAUAUAUUAGUAGCCGUUUCCCAUAAGUAUAUGUUAUGAAAAACAGCAACGAUACUAAUUUAUUUUGGGACUAAUCAAAGAGUAUUAUUUAAAUGUUAAACAAUGCACUGCCCAAAUAUAUUAGUAGCUGUUUCCAUAAGUAUGUGUUAUGAAAAACAGCAACAGUUCUAAUUUAUUUUGGGACUAAUCAAAGAGUAUUCUUUAAAUGUUAAACUAAUACGCUGUCCAAAUAUAUUAGUAGCUGUUUUCCAUAAGUAUACUUUAUAAUAGUGUAUAAACGAUUAGUAUGUUUUUGUUAUUUAAAGCAAACAGAAUUUAACGUGCAGCAUUUACCCAACAAGUUAUAAAUUUGAAUGUCUGAUGUGAUUGUUACUAAAUUUUUUCCGGAAUAAUUUUGUUAAUGAUUACAAUAUUGUAUAUCUAAAAUCAGGCCCGCUCCAUCUACAAUGCAAAACUUAUAAAAAGAUCUGCAAUAGACACAUUUAUCUCUUACAUGAUGCAUCUUCGAUACAUUAUACACAAUUGUGCGCUUUUAUAACUUGGGUUUGGGAUGAUGAAUAGCUUGCAUUUUAAACCAGUCAAACCAGAAAACAUUUCAUAAAUACAAGACAAAAAUGCAAAACAAUUUUAAUAUAGUUUUUAUUGCAAUUAAAUUAAAUUAACCAUAAACACUUCACACAUCAUUAUAUAUAUAUAAAUAUGCUUUAUUCAUUAAUAUUUGCAAUAUCCAUUAUUCUCAUGUAGUUGUACAUACCAUUACACUAAGUAAAGCAUAAAUUUACCCCACAGAGCAUUAGGUUAAAGUAUUCAGAUAUGUAAAUAUGCUACAUUGAUUAACAUUCUAUUAAGAAAUGAUUUGUUCAAUUCUGUCUUUUUAUUAGUUCACCAAGUGGGUCUAAGUCUAAUGUUGUCACAAAACCAUUGCUGUACCGUUCUCCUGUUUAAGCAUAUAUUAAAUUUAGAUGAUUUUUAAAACUAAAGUCCCAGGACUAUGCCAGUACUGUAAAUGCAUUAUUACAGUUAUUAUCAAUAGACAUUGCUUGGUAAAAUUAAGUAAUUAUUUAUUCAAUAAUUUAAAGUCUAUUUCAAGGUAAAAUAAUGUUUGUUAGUGCUAGAAACCUUGUUAUGUUUUUUAUGUAGAUAUGUUGGUAGUCAACACUUCUAAACAGUUCAUGAAAUUUCCAAAAGAUAUACUAUGUUUAGCAAACUGAAUGGAUUUAUUUUUCGAUUAUGUGAAAUGAAAUAUUUGAAUUGUAUAUUGGACACUGUUGUGUCAUUGUCUUUAUGGAUGUUUAUUGUUAGUGCCCGCCCGUUGAUGUUCUUUUGGGGUUGUAGGGAAUACCCCUUUCUUUUCAAUUUUAUUUUGGAUUCAGAUUUUUGAAAUUAAAAUUAAAGUCAACAAGACUGUUUUUGGAAGAGUUGUUGACAUAAUUCCGUCUAAUUAAAAUUCGAUUACAAUUUCGUUUAGUUUCAUCGAAAUAAAACGAAACGAAAUUGACAUUUGAUUUUAAGUGAAUGUUCCGACUUCUUUUUUCUUUUUAUUUUGUUCAUUUUCAUCUACAGAGAUGUAGAAUUUAAUGAAAUAAGUUACAUAUUGAAUGUUACAAAAGUAAUUGUGGAUAUAAUGUUGUUUGAUUUCUAUGUGCUUACUUUAAUUUGUGAUUGUUAUAUAUUGUUACUGUGUUUUUUUAAAUGUUUAAAUUAAAUAAUGUUUGUUUAGUUAAAGUUCGGUUAUUGUAUAGUUUUAUAUCUGUCUGAUUUACUCAUUGGCUUCUUGCCUAUAUUAUUGUUACACAUCACUUAGUGGGUUCACUUCUGAUUGGCAGACGGUGUCAUAACCAAUCGGAGGGGCGAAUGGUUAACGCGUGCGCAUUGCAUCAUUAGUUCUGUCAUUAAGUCAGUUGGUGUGGUUUCGAUUUGCCGCUUGUACAUGACAAGGAGUAGGGUCCCCUGUCCAACCUCGUGGGUUUUCACCGGUUCCUCCGGUUUCCUUUCACUGCUAAAGACCCCCAGGCGGAAGUGAAUUAUUGAAAUAAAGUUGAACAAUAUAUUAGUACCAAAAUGACCUAGUUUGUAUCGAGUGAACGUUAAACCCCAUUUUUCUCUGUCCUAACCAAUCGUUUCCACUCUUAGAAACAGUUUGUCUGUGUCGUAAGAUGAUUUACCACAAAAAAUGGCAUAAGCUGUGGGGCCAUAUUAUCCUCACCAAUGUCACUCUCUUGAAAGUAUCGCCAACGGUCGGAAUAUAGAGGAAACAAAUUAAACGUAGGCAAAUUUGUAGGAUAUCUAUUGUCCGGAUAGCGGCGCCACAACUUGCUUUCCCUCGAAUUACAUCUACCGAGUUGUACAAGUCACCUCGGGUUUUCGUCCCACCCGAAUUACUGGACCGAGUCCCACGCAACACUAACAAGACGAACUUGCUCGACCAACAUCAGGAACACUAGCUAGUUAGUUAUCCAAUGACAUACUGGGCAUUACCUACUCGAGGCAUCGUGACUCCAUAGUGAUCAAUCAAGAGGGUCUCAAUGAUAAUUAAUGGCGGCCAGAAACCUUUGAGUUAAUCAGUAUAAAUUUAUAUUAAAACAACGUUAGAAUAUAGAUCUGAUUAUUAUUAUUAUAGAUAUAUUUGUAUAUAAUUGUAUAUUAGAUGAAAUAUUCAUUAAUUGUAUAAAUAGAUAGAAUUAUAUAUUUCUAUAGAAAAUCAUUAUUUUCAUUGAUUGGUGAUCAUCCUAUUUGUCCACAAAAGAUUACAAUAUUUAAUGCAUCAGUGGGCGUGCUCCUACGCCAGGAAAAUAGUACUGACAUACUCUGCAAAACAAGCUGUUUAAAACUAUUAUCGAUCCUCGAAGCACAUUUGACAUUUCCUCGACCACCUAACUUUCUGUAACUGUCGGAGAUAGAGGGGCGAAUAAUAUGCCGAAGACCUGUUCCCACGAGGGUCUCUCAUUCAAAAUUUAAACUUACCUUUAUCUGUAAAAUAAAUUAAUGGACCGAAAAUGUUUCUUUAUCGGAUAUUACAUAUGAUCCAAAUGAUCUAUUGAUUGUUGAGUGGGCGUUAAACCCAUUUUAUCUCACCUAUGUGCUCGUGGCCCUCUUAAAUAGGGGGGUUUGGGUAGCCGAAUGGUUAACGUGUGGUCUCAGGUCUGUCAUUGAGUUAAGUAACAUGGUUUCGAUUCCCCGCUGUUACGUAAUAUUGAGUAGAGUCACCUGUCAAACUUCGUGGGUUUUCUCCGGGACCUUCGGUUUCCUCCCACUGCUAAAUACCCCUGCGCGCAAGCGAAUUAUUGAAAUAAAAUUGAACCAUAUAUUAGUCCCGGAAUGACCAAGUUUGUGUCUAGUGGAUUACUUUAAUCCCCAUUUUUCUCUCUCCUCUUAAAUAAUUGUUGGCGUAUUCAUCAGUGCUAUAUGAUAUAUUGCUUUCACAUAAACUAGCAAUAGUGUGUUCAUCCAUUUUGUUUUGUAUUGUUUUAUAGCCAUAUACAUAAAUUACAUGUACAUUCAUAAAAUAUAUCCAAUAAGGUGAUGCUAUUUACAAAUUAAUGCUAAUAAUUACAAAAAGUGAGAAUAAUAAACAUUUCUAUAUAUAAAUAAUGUAAUCACCAGUUGCCUGAAUAAAUGCUGAAUACUGUUUUAUAAUACACAAUUCCAAAGGAAAUUAAAAUAUUAUUACAUAAGUUA